AUGACGUCUCGCCAAAGAUCAGCGAGAAUCUCGUCCGGACAGCAAGCGUCGUCGUCGGCUCGCACUUCGCUGGAACGGCUCCCUCCAGCACAACAGCAGCAGCAGCAGCAGCUCCAAGGAAAGACGCCCGAGACGCCUCCACGGCGUAGCUCGCGCAACUCAGCGGGCAUAAGCAGGUCUCAAGCGCAACAGCAAGCAGAGGAAGAAAGCGCCGCUUCGUCUGCAGCGAGACAAGGUCGGAGUAACAGCGGCAGCAGCACCAGGGCGAACGCUGAGCUCAACGCUCUCCUCGGGCUGGACGCUGCGAACCAGCGCCUCGGAUGGCCUGCCCACGCUGAAUCUUCUUCUGAAGAAGAGGAGGAAGAAGAGGAACUCGUCGUUCAAAGCCGUCGCAGAUCUUGGCCCACCGGCAAGCGCUCGGAAGGCGGGGGAAGGCGGGCCGCGCGCAAGGGAGCCCGCGCUGCCGGCGGUAGUGCUGCCGCCACGGUGGAGCGGGUUGGGCUGCGGGGCGGCGGCGGCGGCGGUGGUGGGAGGCAGAGUGCCAGACUUAAUGCGGCGGCUGCCGAGGGGGAGGCGGUAGCUGCAGAGGGCGGCGCCGGCCGGCCGAAGUACUCUUUCCGCGACCGCAAUACCCUUAAGCAGACGGAAUUCUUCACCUAUGAAAAGGAAGAGGAGAGUGAAGAAGGGAGCGAAGAGGAGGAGGAGGAGGAGGAGGACGAAGAAGGAGACGAAGAGGAGGAGGAGGAGGAGGAAGGAGAGGAAGAGGAGGAGGAAGAAGAGGAGGAGGCCAACGUGGCGACAACGAAACGGACCAACAAGAAGCAGAGGCGCUACAAGUUCCGCAAGAGGGAGAUCACGAAGCGCCACGUUUUCAACGUCACCGCCGAGGAGAGGCAGCCGCGCAGGGUGAGGGUCAAGGCCAGAACAAAUUAA